GCUACCAUGUCCGCCUCCUACGCCUCCUUCGACCAGAUCCUACCGGCUACAUCCCCGUCUCAUGCAGUCUCGUGUCAGCUUGCGCGGCCCUCGUCGUCAUCUGCGUCGUACCCUACUUCACGCGGCGUCGUACUCUCACAUCUGGUCACAGCGCGAGAUGAAACAUUGCAGGUCUGGGAAGUGAGGGCGAGCAAGGAAGGCUUGGGGCGACCAAAGCUAUGGCAUGUGAGGACAAAGACUCUAUUCGGAUCCAUCACAGGACUACAACGUACCAAGACUAUCGAGUCGGAGGCAGACAGUAAGGAUCGUCUGCUGGUCUCGUUCAGGGACGCCAAGAUUGCGCUCCUCGAAUGGGACGAGGCGAGCCAAGAUCUCGCUACAGUCAGUGUACAUACUUAUGAGAGGGCGUCGCAGCUAUCCGCUGGUCUACCACAGAAUUUUCGUCCUGCCUUGUCACUGGAUCCUGCCUACAGAUGCGCUACGCUUCUGCUGCCCCAGGAUGCCAUUGCGGUGUUGCCUUUGAUGUCCUCAUCGGACCUGGACCUUCUGGACCAAGACGAUGACUUCGAAGAGCUGUACGGCGCAUCAAGCGCUACCCAAGGCAACGGACAAGAGCGGAAAAUACUGCCCUACACCCCCUCUUUUGUCCUGCCUCUGUCCGAAGUAGAUGAUGGUCUGCGGAACAUUCGAGACAUUGUCUUUCUCCCAAACUUCCAGAAGCCUACAGCUGCUUUCCUGUGCGAACCGACUUCGCAGAGCUGGACCGCUUCUCUCGGCACAGAACGCGAUACAGUCCAUCUAUACCUCAUCACACUAGACCUAGCGGCUACAAGUCACUCCAUCCUCUCACACAUCUCGAAUCUCCCAUACGAUACCCUUUAUACACAGCCGAGUCCAAGCUUAGGUGGUGUAUUUGUUGUCACAACGACAGCAAUCUUCCAUGCUGACCAAAAUGGCAAGCUGAGUGGUGUAAGAGUCAAUGGAUGGACGGAGCGCAUAACUACGAAUGAGGCUAUUCUGGCAAUGCCCGAGUGGAAGCGAGCAGAUGAGAACAGGCAUCUCGACCUGAGCAACUCUCACCUCAUAUGGACCGAAGGCAUGCCUUUGCCGGGAGAGAGUUCGGAGGAGUCGGUCCGGCCAUCACCUGGUAGUGGCCUACUCCUUCUGCAGGAUGGAACUGUUCUCAGUCUGCGGUGCUCCCUUGAUGGUCGAGCAGUCUCCACGAUCCACCUGGACUUCGUACAAAGCCCACCAAGCCUCGCAGGUGUACGCUCCAGUCUCGCAACAUGGAUCGAGGCAUCUCAAGCGCUCGACGAUGUCGAUGCGCCUCUGCUCUUUGUCGGCUCGAUGGUGGGUGAAUCGAAAGUCCUAAGUAUUGGCGGUAAAGCGAAGCAAGAGGCUGAGCAGAAUGGCUCUCAUCAAGCAUCUUUCGAAAGAUCGACGAAUGCGUCUAAAGAGAAGAUGGAAGUUGACGAUGACGAUGACGCUGAUCUUUAUGGAGAAUCUGUCCUGCCGACGACGUCUAACGAGGUAUCGAGAACUGGCGCUGCUACGUCGGCAAGCGUCGAAUACUGUCUCACUUGUAUAGACUCACUGCCUGGGCUGGGACCCAUCUCGGACAUCAGCCUUGCUGUUGUACGAGACAAGAACCAAGGAGACGUCGUGAAAACUGUCGUUGCUCAUGGUGCUGGUAUUUCCGCUGGACUCAGUCAGCUGGAGACGCGCUUGCGGCCGAGAAAACAGCAGGAUCUCAUCUAUGGCGGCGAGCAGACAAAUGUAUUGCACGUCGGCGACCAGACCGUGAUAUUUGAUGCUGGCGUCGGGGAAGAAAGUCUGGUUUGUCGCAUCGAAGAUCAGCACGGUCAAAUGUCGCAACUCGGAUUCGUCUCUGGUGGAAUCUUGGCUGCAGGGAAGCUGGCUUCCGAUGAGACUACAUUUGCUAUCGUUCGGGAGAGCACUCUAGAAGCUUUCGACCUCUCAAAAUUGGACGAAGGACCGAUUCAUUUCAUCGAGGCGCCAAGCACAAUAUUGCAGGCCACAGUCGAAGCCCACGCAGAUGGAGGCGCAUACUAUAUUACUUUCACCACAGCCGAUGGAGUGCCCCACAUCUAUCGCUGGAGCAGGGGUAGGAAGCUUCUGACAAAGCUAUCACUAUCUCGGCCUGGCCUGGACAAGGCUCAAGCAACUCAGGUGUUUAGGGACGUGAGCGGAGCAACAGACGCCGCGCCCACCUCAGCAGCGCAAGAGACGUCGGAUGGGGCCCAUCCAGCUCCAUUGUCAGCAGUGCCAGCAGCUGACGAUGAGGAGGUGGACUAUGGCGAAGACGACGAUGAAGAGAUGCAGAACUCGCUCGAUGUGGCAGACAUAUCUGACGACAGACUCUCACCUUCGGCUGCGGAUGGAGGGAGCAGACGGCUUGCCGUCAUAACAGUCACUGGCAGCCUCGAGGUGUACACACUACCAUCGUUGGAGCUGCUAUGGCGUUCGAAUACUUUGUGGGACUCGCCGAUGACAUUAGAAGGUCUCACUUCAGCUGAGAGUAUCCUUGUCUGUUCGCAAGCGAUUGAUCCGGCGCAACAGGCAGUGUGGAUUGGGCCUCUGGCGGACAAAUUGGGAGUCACCAUGGUAGGAGACGAUGGUCUUUUGACGUGCUGGGAAGCAGCGCUUCUGGAGCCAGAGGCCAGCGAAGGCAGCGCCGCCUCAACAGGGCAACGACUCAUCUUCGUCAAAACUUUCGCAAAGCAGCUGGAACCCUCGCGCGAGUCAUACAUGAACCCGCCUGACGGUGAGCUUCGUGCCCAAGCACGUAUUUCGAUUGUGCAGCGGCCCCGAAGCGAUGUAGAUGAGGGUCCCGCCCUCUUCAUUUCCGGUCGCCAGCCGGGUUUUAUCAGCAAGACUAGCAAAGGCGGUCUUUGCUUCCUGGAGAGCUCCAUUGAGGACAUCAAUAGUCUUGUAUGGCUGAGCGACACGCGCUACGUUGCCUCCCAUCUCGGUGGUAUCUCCGCAGCUGAGCUCCCCGACGACCUGAAUUACGAUCUUGCGCUCGCACGAUCGACUUUCUCUACCGGGCGAGAGUACACCCAUGUCCGUCCUUACCCUGCCAUUAGAGCGCUUGUCGCUGCCUCGAGUGUCGAGGCCCCAUUUGCCCUCUUCGACACCGAAGACAAUGAGAUCAUCCGCUCUUUGGAAGCGGAUCCCACGCCUGCCAUGAGUCGGCGAGGAGCUAUAGAGCUCUUCAAGGACGACUGGUCUGAGCCAAUCGAUGGCUUUGAGCUGGAGCAGAAUGAGACGGUGUCAGCGCUGGAGCUUCUGACUCUUACCUCAGCUUCUACUGCCACCGGCCUAAAGGAGUUCAUUGCGGUCGGCACGACGAUUUUCCACGGCGAGGAUAGACCUACUAGGGGAGCGACCUACAUCUUCGACAUUGUAGAAACGGUGCCGAACCUCGAUGAUCCCCUGGCGAAUGCUCGCCUCAAGCUCUUGCUCAAAGAAGACGCAAGAGGACCUGUGACAGCUUUGUCGGACAUUUCUGGUUACCUUGUAUGCGCCAUGGGACAGAAGCUCUACAUCCGUGCCUUUGAGAACCAUGAAGUGCUGAUCCACAUUGCAUUCCUCGAUACCAACUACCUCACGACCUCGAUCCGUCGCUUGGGAUCCACCCUCCUCUUGAGCGACCUCAAAAAAUCUCUGACAUUCGUCGGCUUCCAGGAGGAUCCCUUCAAGUUGACGAUCUUCUCUAGAGACUUCAACGACUCGUAUGCGACUACGGGCAACUACCUCAUAUCUGGAGACUCUCUCUCCUUCAUUUCGACAGACGUAUCCGGCUCCGUGCGUCUCCUGGACUACAACCCUAACAUCCCCUCGACGCAGGGUGGACAGAGGCUGGUGCUACGUACCGAGUUCCAGACGCCGACGGAGUACACUGCCUCUACCACCCUCUCCGGCCCCACGACGACCGAGUCGGGUGGUCUAGCGCUGAGCAACCAGGUCCUGCUCGGUGGCCUUAACGGCUCCCUGUCCCUCGUCAAACCAGUGCGUGAGGAGAUCUUCGCGCGGUUGAACCCACUGCAGAGCACAAUGGCUCGACACGUCCAGCACCUCGGAGGACUCAACCCUCGCGGUUUCCGCAUCGUGCGAAAUGAAAUGGCAAGCAGACCCAUCAACAAGGGUGUUCUGGACGGAGCGCUGCUCAGACGCUUUAUCGAGGGUGUGGGGAGACCGAAGAUGGAAGAGCUACUCACCCUCUCGAAGGGUGGUGGAGGGGCGGCGAGUGCCCUGGAUGAAGGGGAUGGUGGAGAGGAUGCGAGCGGAAAGGCUCUGGUGAGAGUGUUGAGUGAUCUGAAGCAGGUCCUGCAAUGAGUGAAGGCGGACGCCGGGUAACUGAUGUCCCGCUUGGAAGACUUUGCGUUCGGAUCGUGAUGUACAAACAGGGGUAGUCGAGCAUCAGUAGAUUGUAACAGCAAAUGCUAGACAUAUUUACCUCC